AAAGAAUUAAUGACGCACCUGUCUGCUUUGGAGCCAAAAACGACGGUUAUGGCUCCUUCAACGUAACAAAGAGUGGGCAGCUUAAGACAAUGAAGCUUCUGCACAGAUCAGGGCAAAUAAAGUGCAAUUCCCAUACAGCUGUUUCUUAUUGGGGCUGUACUCACCAAAGAUAUGCAGAUAAAAAGCUGAUGACCUUCAUCACUAAUGACAAAAGAGAGACUAUGUUUCCUCCCGGCCACGGUCUGGAGGCUUUUCGGAAAGGGGAUCCUCACAUCAUUUGUUUAGACAUAAAACACUUUUAUACUCUGGAAGGAGCCAACCACACCUCACCAGAACUGGUUUUUCCCGACCCUUCAAGUCCGGUUUCUGUGUCCCGCGACCAGGAGUUGCAGAUAUGGUACGGACAGGAUUGGAAAGGUUGUGGAGAGAAGGACAAUAGUGGCGAAGUUUGUGUUGAUGUGUACGCCUGGUAUUUGUAAACUGAUUAAGAGAUUUUAGAGGUGAACUUAGAGGCAACUUGGCAAAAUCUGAUUCUAAACAAUUAUAUGAACAAUGUGAGCAGCUUUUGCCUAAAAUGCCGUCCAAAACGCUCAAUCUUUAUAGAAGUGGUAGUAACACAGAUCAGAAAUAUUUCAGAACACGAGGUUUACGCUCAACUUUUAAC